UUGUUUCCUAAAUUAUAAGCCCUAAAUUAUGAUUAUAAAUACAAGAUGUAGAGAAUGAUAGAAAGCCUAGAAAAUCCGGAGGAGAAAAGAAUAUCACAAAAAUUGAAUACUCUGUUGGUGAAACUUUGCAAAUCAUGGAAAACAGUGGAAGUUUUAAAGAGAAGUCCCUUUUCAAUGGGGUCUACUUUGGUGAAUUCAAGAGUAAACUUUUCCAUGGCAAGGGAAAGUAUACAUGGUCCAAUGGAACAAUAUAUGAGGGUGAUUGGGUUGAUGGAAAGAGAACCGGAAAAGGGCGGAUCAUUUGGCCAUGCGGAAAAAAGUAUAAGGGUGGUAACGGCCCUGUGAUGGGUAAGAAUAGAAAUAUCUACAUUGGAAAUUGGAAAAACAAUCAAAGAGAUGGAAGAGGGAUUGUAAAGUGGGCUAGCGGCGAAGUUUUAGAAGGUUGUUGGUCGAAUGGACUCUUGAGGUCUGGAGUUUAUAGACUUGCAAAUGGUGAUGUCUAUGCCGGUGACUUCAAGGGUAGCAUUUUCCAUGAAAAAGGAGAGAGUGCAUGGUUGAAUGAUGAAAUAAUAUAUGAGGGGGAUUGGGUUAAUGGAAAAAUGACCGAAAAGGAUUGGCGAUAUGGCCAUCAGGAACAAAUUAUGAGAGAAAGGUCUCUAAGAAUUAUUCUCAUGGUAAUGGCACAUACACUUGGAAGGAUGGAAGUAUUUACUUUGGAAAUUGGAAAAACAGUAAAAUAGAUGGAAAAGGGGUUAUGAAGUGGGCUAAUGGUGAUGUUUUCGAAGGUUGCUGGUCAAAAGGACUAAGACAUGGAUCUGGAGUUUAUAGAUUUGCAAAAGGGGAUGUCUGCAAUGGUAACUUCAAAAGUAAAUUUCUUCAUGGUAAAGGAAAGUACACAUGUUCAAAUGGAACAAUAUAUAAGGGAUAUUGGGAUGAUGGAACAAUGACAAAGAAAAUACCAGAUCUUGAGAAUCUUGUUGGAGACUGCAUGUUAUUGCAUAUUUGUAAUAAAGGUGAGUCCGACGCUGGUUUGAGUUGUUUGGUUACCAAAGGGAAAAAUAUACAAGGAGUUAUGAUUGUUGAGAAAAUUGAGCAGUAUUCAGAAACAACCAAACUGGAAGUGAUGCAAGGAAAAAAGAGUUCAAGUAUAAGGACAUUUUUCAAGACUGUCAAAGCUAAGCUGGAGCGGAACUUGCAACUUCGCAUCAGAGAUCAUGAGACAAUGUGAAGGAGUGGUCAUGUACUUAACAAACACUACUGAAUAACAUGAUGAGGGGAGGAGCAGUUGGUACUGGUGGAUUUAACUUCAUGAGGAGGAGUUUAUAUAGCAUAUAGUUGUUUUUUAGAGUCAUUUAUGUUUUAGAUAUAUAAUAUGCAAUAUAUUACAUCAGUAUUAAUUUUCCAACAAGAAUCCGGUCUGUUGAUAAUUUCGCACUGAAUCAGAUUAAAUAGCUUAUUUAGUUGAAACAGUUAAAGAUUGGUUUAGAUCAAACGGAUUCAUGAAAUCGAACCGAUAAAA